GCCAUUCUGUAGGGUUUUAGUGAGGGCGUCUCUCUCCCUCCCUCCCUCUCGCUCUCUCCCUCCCUCUUGCCCGUUCAGAGCUCCAUCGGAAGCUCAGAUACUUCCCCAGAGUUCAAGAUCACAGUCCCAAAAUGGCGAGAGGUUUGAAGAAGCAUUUGAAGAGGCUCAACGCCCCGAAGCAUUGGAUGCUCGACAAACUUGGCGGAGCAUUUGCACCUAAGCCUUCAUCUGGGCCUCACAAGUCCAGGGAAUGCCUUCCCUUGGUCAUUAUUCUACGAAACCGAUUGAAAUAUGCUCUAACUUACCGGGAGGUCAUUUCCAUCUUGAUGCAACGGCAUGUUCUGGUUGACGGCAAGGUUAGGACUGACAAAACAUAUCCUUCCGGUUUCAUGGAUGUUAUUUCAAUCCCCAAAACAAAUGAGAAUUUCCGUCUCCUUUAUGACACAAAGGGUCGGUUCCGUCUCCACUCAAUCCGGGACGAAGAGGCAAAGUUCAAACUUUGCAAGGUCCGGUCUGUGCAAUUUGGGCAGAAGGGCAUCCCAUACAUUAACACCUACGACGGACGGACCAUCCGCUACCCUGACCCUCUCAUCAAGGCCAACGACAAUAAGCUUGACCUAGAGGCCAACAAGAUCACCGACUUCAUUAAGUUCGAUGUUGGCAAUGUGGUGAUGGUUACCGGUGGACGGAACAGAGGGCGUGUUGGAGUAAUCAAGAACAGGGAGAAACACAAGGGAAGUUUCGAGACAAUCCACGUCCAAGAUGCCACCGGCCAUGAGUUUGCUACUCGAUUGGGCAAUGUGUUCACCAUUGGCAAGGGGACAAAGCCGUGGGUAAGUCUUCCCAAGGGAAAGGGUAUCAAGCUGACCAUCAUUGAAGAGGCGAAAAGGAGGCAAGCAGCCCAACAGGCAGCGACGGCAUAAGUAACUAUGCACAGCCUUCAAAUUUUGAUUUACUUGUGUGGCUGUUGGUUUUGCUGCAGACCUGGAGCUGUUGGUUCGGAAUUUGUUCUUCAAAACUCAAACAUUUCCUGUUUGUUUUGCUCAGUACUGGGUAAUUCUAACUGUUUAUUUCAUCUAUAACGAAAUACUCAACUAA